AUGUGUGCAUUUCUUGACAUUAGCAAAGCCUUUGACUCAGUGCGGCACAGCGACGUUUUUGAGUGCAUGGAGAAUAGAGGGGUAAGCAGAGAUACAAUCGCCAUGCUCAAGGCGAUGUAUUAUAAGGGCGCAAGUCGUAUUAUAAUUAGCGGACACCUGUCGGAGAAGAUAGAGAUUAAAAGGGGUGUAAGACAAGGAGGCAGCACAUCACCUAUUGUCUUCAACUUCAUACCAAAUGAGCUGGCUUGGAUGAUAGAGGAGGCUAACAUUGGGAUUAAGGUAGGCGAUCCAGGAAUCAAUGUUGGUCUGCUAUUAUACGCAGAUGACAUCGUUCUUCUUGCAGGCACUGAAAUUGAUCUCCAAAAACUGUGCGACAUUUGUGGCAAAUGAGCUGAAAAAUACUCGCUCGAAGCAAACCAGCAAAAAUCGGUUGUCGUGGACUAUUCCCUUAAGCCACAAAAGCUAAUAGUGCGCAUAAGUGGUGAGUUUCUGAAGCAAACAGAUCAAUUAAGUAUCUUGGGAAAGUCAUAG